UAAAACAACUAAAUACAACAACAGAUACGCAACCAACACAGAGGAACACAACCAAAACAAACAACAUAAUAUAAUAUAUAGUCCACUAAACGUGGAGCAAAUAAGAAGAUAAAACAAAAUACAGACAUGUCCACUUCUAGAGAAGAGAGGAUGUUCUUAGGAGUCUCAAGGUGUAAGCACUAAGAGGUGCUAGCCAACACUACUCUUAACCAUCAGGGACUACUCAGCUCACCUCUCCUGGGGUCUGCAAACACUGCCUAUGCGUAUGUUGUGAAGGUCCAAGAAGGCUGCCCGGAAGAAAAGAAAAGUAUUGUUUAUAUUUAUUAUUUGGCAUCAAGUUGGCCCUACUCAACGCUCAACAACUUUAUCUUUCUUUGUCCUUAAUUGACUUCCCACCAAACAUUAAUUGUUAUGUACACAGAGAAAAGAAGUGCGAUUGUUGCAGAGAAGAACAAGAGGAAGAAAUAGUAAAAGAACCGCUAUUGAAAAUGUCAAAUACGCCGACCAACAGUACUCCCUCAGGCUCGGAUACGAGCAGCACGUCUGCUGGAGCAACAGCAGCUACCAUCGUAUCAACCAUAGUUGGUGGUAUUGUGAUCAUUGUUAUAGCUAUUGCAAUUAUCAGAUGCAUUCAGAAGAACAGAAUGCAAGCAAGGAACACAUCCGUGCAGACAACCAGUGAAUCCGCUGUGAAUGAGGAUUCAAACUUCGACAUGGUUACAAUCGAGCGGUUUCUAACAGAUAUAGUAAAAGAGAGGCCUGUCAGAUUUACUGCUCAGAAUAUUAUAGAUUUUACGCAAAACUUUGCACAGAAACUGGGUUCAGGAGGUUUUGGGAUAGUCUACAAAGGACAGUUCCCCAAUGGUGUACAGAUAGCGGUAAAAGUACUUCACAAAACUCAGGAUAAAAGAGCUGAAGAACAGUUCAUGGCAGAGAUAGGAACCAUAGGAAGAACAUACCACAUCAACCUUGUCCGGCUCUACGGAUUCUGCUUCGACAACUCUUUGAAAGCACUUGUUUAUGAGUACAUGGAGAAGGGAUCGCUGGACGGUUACUUGUUCGAUGAGAAUCAGAAGCUCAAAUGGGAAAAACUUCAUGCGAUUGCCAUUGGAACAGCCAAGGGGAUCAGAUACCUGCAUGAGGAGUGUCAGAAAAAGAUAGUGCAUUAUGAUAUAAAGCCGGGAAAUGUUCUUCUGGAUGCUAAUUUCUCUCCAAAAGUGGCUGAUUUCGGAUUGGCAAGGCUUUGUGAUAGAGAUAAUUCUCAUGUCACCGUGACAGGAGGCGGGGGAACUCCUGGCUAUGCAGCACCAGAGCUCUGGAUGCCAUAUCCGGUGACUCACAAGUGCGAUGUUUACAGCUAUGGAAUGCUCUUGUUUGAGAUACUGGGAAGGAGACGGAAUCUCAUUCUUGGCCAGGCAGAGAGCCAAGAAUGGUUUCCGAGAUGGAUAUGGGACAAGUUUGAAGGAGGAGAACUAGAAAGUGUCAUGUUAAACUGUGGAAUAGAACACAAUGACAGAGAUAAAGCAGAGAGGAUGUGCAAGGUGGCACUGUGGUGUGUUCAGUAUCAACCAGAUGCAAGACCUUCAAUGAACAGCGUUGUGAGGAUGUUGGAAGGAGAGGAAGAGAUCAUUGCACCAAAGAAUCCAUUCCCAUAUAUGAUGCCAUCUCAGUGGAGUGAAAGCAGAGGAGAUUCAGUUAGCACAGCAACAACAACAAAUGAAAGUGAAUAAAAUAGUCUGAUUUACCAAAAUCAGCAGUAAAACUGUAAAUUCAGGAAAUUCUUGUUCAUUUUGUUCAAAUUCCAUAAAUUCUAUAAACUCCAUCUCUCUUUCCAAACAGUGUUGGAUAUUUAUAAAAAAAAAAAAAAGUGUUGGAUAGUCCUCUAAGCAUCAGUCUCAACUGUCAAGAGAUGUUUCAUUGUGGAAUUUUAGACACCUAAAAGACUAAAAGUGUUAAUAUCUGAAGUGAUACAUCAAGGACGUGAACAAGUCUGCCGCUGCCACACAUCUUUGGCCAUGGCUUUACUCACAUUUGGGAAAUGGUAAGUAUAACAUCGUAAAUUCUCAAAGAUUAAUGUGCUCAGGGAGCUUCUCAGUGAAGAUGUUGGCAGGGGAGAUGGUGAACGAUUUGUGGAGAUAAGAAUACCUUUUUCAUGAAGAUUUCAUAGGUUGAUCAAGAAUGUCAGUGAAGUCAAGAAACUCCAAAUGUAUUAGAAUAAUGUACUUAACAUUCAUACAUUUCAUAAAAAUUGGAGGGAAUCACUGAGUAAAUGUGAAAUAAAUCCUGUUUUUUAGUGGCCAAUGGUAACACUUCUCAUUCAGUGAUGUCCCUACGUCCUACAAGCAAACGUCGUUGAGUAGUUGUAAAGAAGGUAUUAAUUGAACCGUGUGUAGAUGCACAAGAAAAUUCCAAAUCUGAAGAAGAGAGAUUUCCACAUCUCAAGG